AUGUCUAAGGACUCGGCAGACGCGAUUUCUCCUUCUUCAAGCGCGUCGUCUGCGGCGUCGCUGGAUUCGUUACUUUCUCCGAAAGCUUCGACAUUCGAGCCAGUGGGCGCGACGAACGGAAUUCGAGAAUCAGUGGCAGAAUCAGAGUUCAGCGAUGUGGGCCUUGGAGGAGACGAAUCCCCCCUCUCUAGCGUUGCAUUGUCCGCUAGAAGUAGCAUGAAGUCAUUCAAGUCGGCUGUCAGCACUGGCAGUCGGCGACAUAGCACCUCAUCUGCAGGGACUCAUCAAGAGUCCGUGGCGCGGGCUAGUGGGGGCAGUUCACACAAGAAAUCUGCGUCUACGACAACGAUCCGGUCUAUUCGCAAUGUGCCAUUCCUGCUGGCCAGGCUGGACGCACAGAAAGCUGAGGGUGCCUCGCGGUCAGAUCGGGGAAGUAUGGACGGUAGGUUUCAUGAAGAAUUCGCCAAACUUCAAGUAGAUCAGGAGAAGGCCGAUGGUACUGUCAUUGAUUGGGGCAUGUAUUACUUCUGGGGUGCGGUGAUAUCUGACUACCAGGACUUUGCCGCCAAACAGCCCGAACAGCUUGCUCGGGCGAUUGAAAAGGGCAUCCCGGGAACGCUCCGAGGCAUGAUGUGGCAGUUAAUGGCAGCGUCGAAGGACCCCGAACUUGAGAAUACAUACCUGAAAUUGCUGAAGGAAACCAGUACGCAUGAGAAAGCCAUCAUACGUGAUCUGGGAAGGACAUUCCCCCAUCACGAAUUCUUCCAUGAUGGUCAGGGUAUCGGCCAGGAGAAUCUGUUCAAUGUAUUGAAAGCAUAUUCACUAUAUGAUCCUCAAGUUGGGUAUUGCCAGGGACUGCCUUUUGUAGUCGCUAUACUGCUCCUCAAUAUGCCAGAUGAAGAGGCGUUCUCCUUGCUGGUACGGCUAAUGUAUUCCUACCAAUUACGGGGACAUUUCCUUCCGGAAAUGCCAGGACUGCAGUUACGAUUGUUCCAGCUGAUGUGUUUCACCCAGUUCGAUCGACUCAUUGAAGAGCUUCUUCCAGUUCUGCACCUACAUUUCCUCCGCCAGGGCAUCAAAUCCAGCAUGUUCUGCUCCCAAUGGUUCUUGACUCUAUUCAGUUACCGCUUCCCACAGGAGAUCGUCUUCCGCAUAUACGACAGCUGCUUGGCCAACGGCAUCGAAGCGAUCUUCGGCUUCAGCAUAAUAUUGCUCGCUAAGAACGAAGAAGCGCUGCUGUCUUUAAAAUUCGACGAACUGCUGGCGUUCCUCAACACGCGCCUCUUUGAUGUCUACAAGGUACGGAUUGAUCCUACGAGCGAGGAAACUGAGGGUAGCGCAGCCCUGUACAAGGUCGACGAAUUUAUCCAGGAUGCGUUUGCGCUGAGGAUAACGCCAUUUAUGUUGGAUUCCUACCGCCACGAAUACGAGGAAGUAGUCCGUCGGACAAAUGCCCAUGCGAUUGAGAUUGAUAACUUGCGGAAUAGCAACCGUUUGUUGUCGGCUCAAGUGAAAAGUCUUGAGUCUAGCCUCGCACAGAUCAACACAGAGCACGUUGAGCUUCUCAAUCAGCUGGUGAUGGCCCGCCUACGCAAUGAGGAGAUGGAGGGAGAAUUGGUUCGCUAUAAGUUACUGUACGCUGAAGCCAUGCAUGAAAACCAAGAUGCACAGUCUUCCCAUCGCAUCUCACUUGCGUCGAUGUUGAGUAUGAAUAAAAGCAAUAACAGAUAA